CUGUCCUAUGUUUGGGGUAAACAGAAACAUACAUCCCAAGGGUUGCUCCAUCCACCAAAGACUAUUGCACGCAGCAUAUACUUUGCACAGCAGCUGGGUUAUCGAUACCUCUGGGUUGAUAGAUAUUGUAUCAAUCAGAAUAAUCCAUCCCACAAGCACACGCAGAUCAUACAAAUGGGCGACAUAUAUGCUGCAGCACAGGUUACCCUGAUUGCCGCAGCGGGGAGCGACCCAGAUUUUGGGCUACCCGGCGUCUCUACAUCUUCUCGAGCUAUACCGCAAUCUGAGAGGAUCGGGAAUGCAUUGCUCAUGCCUGUACAACGUCCUACUACGUUAGCAGAAGUAGCUCGGUCACAAUGGGCGUCCCGAGCUUGGACGUUCCAGGAAUUCCAUCGCUCCAGAAGACGCUUAAUCUUUACUGAAGGCGAAGCGAUUUUCGUCUGCAACAGUGGAAUAAGAUACGAGACGGCGCUGCCGCGCGAUAUAUGGGGCGAAGAAGGCGAGGAAUCUGACAGCUAUUGGCUCCAGCAAUGGCUACCUCAAUGUGCAGCGGUAGGAAACAGGGACCACAGCUGGACAGCCACGAUGGAUCGCGCCGCAGGAUAUCUGGAGGCAUACAGCAAGCGUCAUUUGACGUACGACACCGACGCACUAGAUGCUAUUGCAGGAGCUCUGGAUCCACUUGCACAAGCAUCUACUUACCAUAUCUGGGGCGCUGCUUUUCAUCGUACCUAUGAAUUCCCGUGUACAUCCAACUCCAUGAUAUCAAUUAGCUUAUCUAGUGAGAAGCACUGGGAAGGAAAGCUUAUGCGCGAAUCGAUUCUGGUCCGAAAGGCAAACACAGAUGACAGCAGCCUUGAGUGUGAGCUUGCGAGUAUGCUCUGGGAAAUCGACAACCUUGUACCUUGGGAUAGUCAGAUACUGGGCUCACAGCGCAUACAACGUGACGAGAUGGCGUUGCUGUGGUAUCAUGCAGAACCGUGCCGCCGACGAUUGCAGUUUCCUAGUUGGUCCUCCCUAGCAUGGUCGGGAUUCAUUCACUGGUAUCGCGAAGACACGAGGUGUGACCCUCGGACUUUUCUCGCACACUUACCUAAGGCCAAGCUACGCUUCGCACAUGCAAUCUACGAAUUGGCCAGUUUCGUGCCGACACGCGACAAUAGCUUCAUCAAGACACCACCAAGGCUUGAAUUUGCCGCUAGAACUGUGCAUCUAGAAAUGUUUCAUACAACAACAAUGAAGGGAUAUUACGAUGAGAAUGAAUUCCUUGUUGCGCUCAUACUAAAAAACUACUUUCAAGUCGGGCUUCCAGUGUACUGGGAUACCGAGCCCGAGUUACUAUUGGGAAAACGUUUGAAGGGCGCUUUGGUGUAUGGUGUAGCAGGAGCAUCACUUGAGGCUUUCAUGAUAGUAAUCGCAGAAAGCACCUCACUCUCUAACGUUUGCGAGCGGGUUGGCAUUGUGAAACUGCCUGAACAAUUACAUAGAAGAGGAUAUCCAGUUACUCACCAGACUAAGGGGGGUCAUUACCGCAGCCGGCUUCCUCCCAACUUCUGGGAUAGUGAAAAAGAACAGUUCGACAGUCUUCGCGAGGGAACUCAUGGUUUAUAUUGGCAUGAUAUCUUUGAGCACAUGCGGCUCGUCACAUUCGUAUAGGAUGAACUUGGAAACUACGCGAUUUCCAGAGCUUUAAG